ACAGUAGUCACGACCCGAAGCCCUCUGAUAUUUCUCAUUCCCACUGGCGUUUUCCGGUCCGCGCUCUCUCUCUCUACUUGUGCGCGCGCUUUGCUUUCUUUAUUAUUUUUAGAGAGAGAAAGAGCAUCGCUAAAACCCUCGGAUUAUACACACACAUACUCACACGUUGUGUGAAUAGAUAGACCCCGUAAAAUUCUCCAGAAAUUUUUUCUGAAUUUCAAUGGAUGAUGAUAUGUGGAACUCUGGUUUCUCCAUAUCUACAGACCACACUACCCCUGAAAGAUCAUCUGAUUAUGAGAUUGAUGUUGUAAAUAUUGAGGACGACGAUGAUGAUGAUGAAAAGUCGGAAUUGGUAUGCCCCUUUUGUUUGGACGACUUCGACCUCGUCGGAUUGUGCUACCAUAUGGAUGAUGAUCAUCACACGGAUGUCAUAUCUGGGAUCUGUCCUGUUUGUGAUGCAAAGGUGGGGACAAAUGCAGUUGGUCACAUAAUCACCAAACAUGCAAAUAUCUUAAGGGCUAUGCACAAAAAGAAACUCAACUACGGUGAAUCUCAUUCGAUUCUAUCUUUAUUGAGGAAGGAGUUGCAAGAUGAACAUCUACAAUUUUUACUUGAGGGGUCUUCUUCUGUGGUUGCUUCCUCCAAUAUGGCUCCUGAUCCACUGCUGUCCUCAUUUCUCUAUAAUCCGACCCCAGCUGAUGAGCCGGAAAAUAUACAGCCUAAUUUGUCAACUGAAGAAAGCAUGGGAGAGAAAAGCUUGGAUGAUAGUGUGUUAGAAAGCAGAAACAUCCAUCCGUCUCCUUUAUUAGACAAGGACCAAGAGGAGAAGGCCCAGAGGUGCGAGUUUGUACGGGGCCUAUUAUUCUCAACAAUUCUUGACGAUGACUUAUGAUUGAGACAGGAUUGCACCAGUGCUCUUCAAAAUUGAAUAGUGAAAGAGAAGUCCACCAUGAUUGAAGUUCAUUCCUGAUUGUGCUUAUGUUUGAUAGCGUAGUUCAGAUGUAGGAGUUGAAUGCGAUGCAUGUUACAAAUCGAUGUUACCAGUUAGGGAAGAAAAGAAGCAGGUUCUUGUGUUGCUCUGAUUUUUGUAAGAGCUCUUAUGUAUAAGAAAUGUGAUUCUGUAUUGUGCUCUUCUAACAUAAUCGAACUUUUUCUUUUUAAUAGAAGAUCAGAUAUAGCUAUUUAUUUCAUCCAAAA